GAGAUACUUUUUUACACGUGACAUUUUGAGAACUUUGUUAUUUUAAUUUUAUAUUUUUUACCUAGUUAAUUAAAACUUAAACAAAAUGGGGAAGACAAAAAAAAAGAACUUAAGAGGCGGAGUAGAUAGUAUAAAGCCAUACCCUAAUUUGGCUGAUCAGAUCGUUGGUGAUCGGGUAGUGUCUAAAAAAAAAGAACCAAAGAUACGCUUACGCCAGGAUGAAAACGAAGAGGUUAUUGGUUCACAAUUAUCUAAGCGUAUAUUGGAUCAAGUAAGAGAACAAAAACAAGAAAUAACUGAUAGUGAUGGUACAGAUAAAAAUCUACUCACAUCAUUAGGCUCAGGAUCUGAUUCAGAGGAAGAUGAAGAAGAUAAACCCAUAUUUGGUGAAGGAGAAGAUGAAGAUUACUAUGAACAACUGGAAAUCAAUGCAGAUGAUGAAAAAGCCCUAGAAAUGUUUAUGUCUAAAAAACCUGAAGCUCGAUUGACUUUAGCUGAUAUGAUUAUGGAAAAAAUUACUGAAAAACAAACUGAAAUACAAACUCAAUUUACAGAUGCUGAAAGUGUUCAAUUACAAGAUGUGGAUCCACGUGUAAUACAAAUGUAUAAAGGAGUUAAACAAGUAUUAAGUACAUAUCGAAGUGGCAAAUUACCCAAAGCAUUCAAAUUGAUUCCAAAGUUGCGAAAUUGGGAACAAAUUUUGUACAUAACUGAGCCUUCUACGUGGAGUGCGGCAGCAAUGUACCAGGGUAUUCGUAUAUUUGCAUCUAAUUUAAAGGAAAAUAUGGCUCAGAGAUUUUACAAUCUUGUUUUGCUACCUAGAGUUAGAGAUGAUAUAGAUGAGUAUAAAAAAUUAAAUUUUCAUCUUUAUCAAGCAUUGAAAAAAGCUUUGUUCAAACCUGGAGCUUUUAUGAAAGGAAUACUUAUUCCAUUGUGUGAAAGUGGUACUUGUACAUUACGAGAGGCGAUUAUUAUUGGAUCAGUAAUAGGCAAAAAUUCUAUUCCAAUGUUACAUUCAGCAGCAGCUAUUUUGAAAUUAGCUGAGAUGGAGUAUAAUGGAGCUACAUCAAUAUUUCUCAGAAUACUUUUUGAUAAAAAGUAUGCCCUUCCAUAUAGGGUUGUAGAUGCAGUUGUUUUCCAUUUUCUCAGAUUUGAGCAUGACGAUAGAGAAUUACCAGUUUUGUGGCAUCAAUCAUUAUUGACAUUUGCUCAACGUUAUAAGACAGACAUAAGUUCUGAACAGAAAAAAGCAUUGUUAAAGUUACUUAGAACGAAAUCACAUCAUACUAUUACACCAGAUAUACGCCGUGAAUUAGAGAGUUCUAUGUGCAGAGAUAUAGAAAUGCCUGAACCCAUGUGUUAACUUAUUUUGAUAUAAAAAAAACCCCAACAUUCUUAUGUGUAAUAUACUUAUUACGUUGAUUGA